AACCCGUGUGACAUCAUGAUGACAUCAUCAGAGGUCACAAAACACAUCAAACUAAAAUGUACGGUGUCGUCCUCUCGGUGUGUCUUCAGCGCCCCCUGCUGGUCAACGCUGACCUGUGCAGACAAGAUGGCGGCCCCCGUGAGGACGCUGUGCCGCUCAGUGUUGAGGCUCUCCAGCAGGCAGUUCAGCACUACAUGUGGAGUUCAGGGCGGAGAGAAGUGGAGGAAAGAACAUGGAGUUGCCAGAAGUGGAACAGAGUAUGGCCCUCUGACAGAUCUGCCUGACUGGUCAUUUGCAGAUGGGAGACCAGCACCUCUGAUGAAGGGACAGCUGAGACGAAAACAACAGCAGGAAGUUUUAGCUAGACGUAUCGUGAUGCUGAACGAUGAGAUGGACAGAGGGAUGGAGGCGUGGAGCAAGAAACAGGAAGAAGCCAAAAAGAUGGAGGAGCACAAGAAGUCCCUUUUACUCAAACCUAAAGGGAAGCUAUUAAUGAAGAAAAAAUCUCAAAGUUAGAAACAGAUUGGCACCGUAAUCCUGUUGCUGUUUGACUGAUCUGAGGGAUAUAUUGAUAGUCAGACUAUUGAUUAUAUUUAUGAGGACUUGUGGGCUUUCUUCUGCUUUACAGUUUGUGUUUUUCACCUUUCAUGGAUUUCUGCAAUAAAUGUCUGCUCCGUUUCAUACGAA